ACAAAUCGCGCGCAUGUCAGCUGACAGCCACGUGUUAACACAGGAAAAACGCUCGCUUGUCACAGCUUCAAUUUCGCUUAGCAAAUCUCUUGGACGUACAAGUCACCGGUUUUUCAUAUUAACUUCAAAAGGAAUUGCAGUGAACUUGUUGCCGGUCAAGGGUUCGCGGGUUAAUGAUUGGACACCUGCAUCGAGAUCGUCGAGAUUGUCCAGUGUUUUGCGAAAGGUGUGAACGCUCGUUCAACCUAUACAAAAUAAUCGCCACUCGUCGGAGGACAACGAAUGAGUAUCAAUAUCGAUUAAUUCUUUGAAUACGUUAAACCUGCAAACAUUCGUAAGGGUGCCGCAAAAAAUAAGUUGCUAAGCUUCUGCCAAAAGUUCAUGAGAUGACGGACUCGGUGUGCGGAGCUUUGGGCAUAGACAGGAUAGACAUGUGUGGCAAAAUGAUCCUGAUAGAAGAGCAACAUGGAAGUGAUGCAAAUUUUGUGGUAAAUUCGGUGUUAUCGGGUGUGUUGGAAAAAGGCCAUGGAAUCUGCCUUGUUUUAUUUCACAACACGUUCGGUCAUUAUCACAAUGUGGGUAUGAAGUUGGGUUACAACUUGAACGUAAUGAGAGAACGGGGCCAGGUGGUGGUGACCGAGCCAAUGAAGAUAAUGGCAGACAACGUAGAAGACCUGGGACACGAUUCGGUGGAUGCAGCAUGCGUUGACCUGGAUAAACCAAGGGAAACUCGUUGCAGAACUGAAGAAGACGAUUUACCAGAUCUAAUGAAACUGGAUGAGAAUCUCGUUCGUCAAUUAUUUGUGUGUCUAAGAAACAAGUGCCACGAGGUGAUGAAAUCUCACGAAUCGGUGGUGAUAAUAGUGGAUGAUUUAAGUCAUCUGUUCGACUUGAGAUUGAGCUUGAAGGACGUUUGGUUUUAUGUCAGGUAUUUGCGAUCGUGGAUGCAAGUGGAGCCCACUCUCUCUGUGUGUAUUAUGACUCAUACUUAUAAAGCAGAUCCCGAGAGUUGUCAACCAGAUAUGAUAGUCGUGGGGCUCAAAAAUAUGGCCCAUCUUAUGGUGACAGUGGAGCCUCUCAGUACGGGACAUGCCAAUGAUAUUUCUGGUCGAAUGAAUGUUUCGUGGCGAGUAGAUUCCAUAAGGAGGAAAUAUCAUUUGGCAGAAAAAACAAGUUAUUUGUACAAACUUCAUGAUAGACACGUUAAUAUUUUUGCUCCUGGGAGCGCUGCUGCUCUAUCUUAAAAGGAGAACAAGAGAUUUUAUUGAAAUUUAUCCAUAAGCUUUUUAUCAAAGCUGCGGACAUUUGUUGAACAAAUCAAUGAAAACUAUUCCCUCCUCGCUAUCUUUUUGGGCGACUUGUCACCAACAAAAUCUCUAGUUGUCUCUCAUUCUCUUUAUAUAUUUGAUGAACUUCUUCAUAAAUGUAUCUAUGUACAUUGUAAAUGUGUGAAUUUUUAUGCUCGUCGAGCGCUUGGAUUUUUUAUUUUAUGGCGAGGUACGAGAAAACGAUCGUAUUCGUUUGUACAAUUGUUGAAACAAAAAAUUGGAGCCUUGUGUAUGCUAAAGGAGUGUGAUGUCCGAUAACUAGGAACGUCUUUUCAAAGAAAAGUUCAGUCUCCCCCCCCCCCCCCCCCCCCCCUCCUCUCUGCCCAGUAGCAAGAGGAUUCAAUAGAAACUACUGCGAAAUCGUGAUGUUAAAAUGGAAAAGAAACGUGAAUCAAUACGAUUCUCAACGAUCGAAUUAAAUCAUAUGAAAAAUUUAUUAUUGAUUAAGCUCAUUAGUGAUAUCUACGAUAUUUUUGUUCACUAAACUCGUCAAAAUAAAUUCGAAAUUUUCCUCUUCGUA